CCAAGCAAAAGUGGGCAAGCACAAGGUUGGCAAGUGCAUGAUGGGCAAACACAAAGUGGGCAAGCACAAAGCAGACAAGCACAAAGCGGGCAAGCACAAAGCAGCCAAGCACAAAGCAGGCAAGCACAAGGUGGGCAAACACAAGGCAGGCAAGCUCAAAGUGGGCAAGCGCAUGGUAGGCAAGCACAAAGCGGGCAAGCACAAAGUAGGCAAGCGAAUGGCAGGCAAGAACAAGGUGGGCAAACAAAUGGCAGACAAGCACAAG